AUGACAAUAUUAAAUGUAAAACCGCCAACACUUCUCUUGAAGACUGCUGUGUGUUUUAUUUCAUUUAUAGCAACAUUAGAAGAUUACCCGGAAUGCCAGUCGAAUUCGGAUUGCGAACCAGGUCACUUUUGCGACUAUCUGGUUACCAGUAAAGCCGUUAUCUCGAAUCGAACGGGAUGCUUCAAUAUCACCAAAAGAGCCUAUGCAGCAACGAUGCUCUUCAGCGACUUUGGAAUUCGCAAGUGUAAAUCGCAUGCCGAUUGUGGGAACUUCUACUGUCUGGAAGACGGUAUCUGUGGAAUUGUCGAACAAUGCCAGAUCAACGCCGUUGUCCCGGCGCCGAAACCGAUCGUCCACUGUAACGACGACAUGGAUUGUGUGCAUUUGAUGGAAGGACAAGUUGGCAGAGGCGGAUAUAUUCCCAACGCCUACUGUAACUAUACAGGAGGUUUCUGCUGUUCUGGUCUGUUGGAAGUAUGCUCGGGGGGCAGUCUCGUCCGGCCACUCCUCAAAUGCGAAACUGGCACGAUGGCCGGAUUCGAGACGUGCAACCCGGAUCUUGGAAAUGGCGAGCUCAAUGGGUUUUGCAACGAUAUUGGCCUCUGCUGCGAAGGACCAUAUGAAGAGCCAGUGGUCUGCCCAGACGGGGUGCACCCGCUGUUCAUCGAGCCGCGUUGCCAGCGCGGAGCUUCUGGAUUCUUCGAGUGCCCGGAAGAUAUCGAGAAUUGCACUUGCGUGUGGGGAUGGCCGUGUCCGUCAAUCGCAGCCAAUUCGUUGUUGGUCAAUUUUGGCCGGCCGUUCGUUGGGCAGAUUCGGUGCGAUCCGUCGCGCCCAAUCUGCUCGCGGGCGGUCAACGGAUACUGCCAUCCUGAAACGAAGACCAUCGCCCUCUACGGCAGAUAUUUUUCGACUUUUUUCGGGUUUAAGAAAAUUAGGAAUUGCCGGAUCAAUAGCGAAUGCGAGCCGGAUGAAGUCUGUAUUUAUUACCUAGGCGAAGGAGAAUGCACACCGUUUCCAAAUCCGCAGUUCCUUGAGGAUGACGAAGACGAAAAUGAAGAAGAAGAAGACGGUUGGGCCGAAAUGGCAGUGGAAUGGUAUCGAAAGACAGCAAUUGGCAUAGCCAUCGUCUGGGUAUGCUUCCGGAUUUAUCGGUUUUUCGAAGUUCGAUAUUUCCCCAACGCGUUCGAUCAAAGAAUGGCGUUGGAGGAGGCCUACGAAGCGAUGAUGAUGAACCGAGUGGAGGAGCGGCACGAGGAAAUCCUGGAGAACUGGCGCCGUGAGAAGUACGGCACUCGGCAUACGAAGCAAACGUGCGAGGUUGUAACAUCGACCGAAACACCGUCGUCCCUUUAUUCGUCGGAACCGAGCGAGGCUGAAAAAAGGAAGAAGUGGACGAAGACCUUCCGCAGAGGUAGAGGAAGACGAGUCAUGAGGCAAAGGAAAAGGAUCCACCAAACGAGAAGAAACAAGAAGCGUGCUAGAAUGGAGCCCUCGAAUGAACAGCAUAUGGCGCGAAGCACACAAAUCUAUUUGAAGGCUUUUAUUUACGGUGCACCGUUACUGAUCAUUAUCGGAAUUGGAUUUUUCAUCGUACCCGAUUUUAUUCUUAAUGAAAUCAAGACGCAAAUCAAUGAAUUGAUGAAGCAAGCCGAAGACGUUGGUCAUGAUGCAAUUGGGGAGGCUUCGAUUGAUAAAGACGAGUUUCUCAAAAUGCUGGCCAAUGGGGAAGUGACCAUCGCGAAUUACGUCUCCCGCGAAGAAGCCAUGAUUAUCAUCCCAACACUUGUUCUGACGGCCCUAUUUUUGUUAGGUAUUGUUUAUUAUUUGACGCGUCCAUUCACUUAA